AUGCAGAAGGUGUGUUCUGUGUCCAGGAGUUGAACACACAGGAUGGUAACCGGAGAGUGGGUCAGCAGAUAAGAAUGCUGUGGGCUGGACUUGUGAAAAGCGAGAGCUUUUCUAAUAUGCAAACAUCAACAUAGGAGAUUUGUCCGUGCUUCCAGUUUGUUUCAACAGACUGACCUGAAACAGUCACGCAGUGAACCUUUGAUCACCAUGCCCCUGCAGGGUCCAUUAGCUGGUGUCCUGGUAUUUCUUGUGGCCUCAGUCCAAUCAGACUCUUAUUUUUUGCCCGUCGACUGUGACGACAUCUAUCGUCACAACAACCGCAGCCCCAGCGGCGUGUGCACCAUCUUCCCAGGUGGCCCGACCACACCCAUUCAGGUCUACUGUGACAUGGCCACUGACGGGGGGAGAUGGACUGUCUUCACCAGGAGGAUAGAUGGGACUGAAAACUUUUACAGACCCUGGGCUCACUAUAAAACUGGAUUUGGGAAUGUGGCGGGGGAAUACUGGCUCAGGCUUGAGAACAUCCUUGUUCUGACAAUGAGGAAGAAGAAUGAGUUACGGGUGGACAUGGAGUCCUGGGAAGGAUACACGGCUCACACCAGCUACUCUUCCUUCUCAAUUGGUCCAGAGAUCACCGGCUAUCAGCUAAACUUGGGCAGCUAUGUUAGUGGAGCUGCAGGUGACAGUUUGGCCGAGGUAAAUAACAUGAAACUUACCAUGUUUGACAAAGACCAGGACUUGUGGCCCAAAAACUGUGCUCAGCAUUUUCUUGGUGGAUUCUGGUACAACGCUUGUCACUCGGCAAAUCCAACUGGCAUGUACGCGCCUCACGGUGCCAUCGCAUUUAAUAACGUCCAUGUCAUUUGUCAUUCAUGGAUGGGGACAAACUACUCUCUCAAGACUAUUUCCUUGAAGAUAAGACCUAUUGCUAAAUGUCCAUGUAACACAAUCUGAUGACUUCUUCUUAGCAGUAAUUGUUAUGUUUUAAUGCAUCUUCUUCGCUUUCCAGUCAUAACUUAGUAAUCAAAGGAGAAAUCUGACAUUUUUCAAUCUAGACUACUUUAAGAUGCAUUUUUUAUUGUUACUUGGCUAUUUUGCUUCAAAAUAAUCACAUAUUUCAUCUGCUCUGAGUUACUGAAACUUUCAUGUGUUGUAAAUGUAUUGAAUUGAAGCAUUUUUCUAGUGAAGGCCUUCUGCCAGCCCUGCCAGCCUUUCAACACCAAAACGCGCCUCCAGCGUCAACAAGUCGGUUGACGUCGUCCUACACGGAGACACUCGUAACUGUCAAAGCUGCAACAAAAAAGACGUCCUACUGCGGCAAAACAAGAUAUUCCUCUGGAAAUGUUGACUUUAAUGUAAGUAGCUGGAGGUGAUCAGUUAUUAAUACAAAAUCUUACAGAUCUGCUGGUAUAUUUAUCUGAAGGAACAUUAUAACCUGAUAAACACUGGUAGAUAUUCUAAAAGUAUAUGGGUUG